UCAAAGCAAAAAGCAUGUCAAUUAUGAAGGAAAAGCCAAAAAUCAUGCAAAAGCUUCACCAUAAUAUAUGCUAUAAGCACAUCAUUUCAUCUUAAUCUUAACAUUACCAAAAACAGAAUAGUAGACGAAUCAUAUUUAUUCAACACACAAUCAAAUUAGAAAUCAAGCAUCGUUUUCCAAUCUGCACCAAUUCAGAAAGAAUCCAAAGCAAUACUUCCAAACCAACCGCUCCUCUCUCUCUCUCUGUGCCACCUUUUACCUUUUAUUUAUACACUCAAAGUCUCAAACCCUCUCUCUCUCUCGCAGAUACAGAGAUGGACGGGAAGCGUCUCGCCCUAUUCCUGUCCCUAUACGUCGCCGUUUCUGUCUCCUUCUCCGCCGCUCUUGAAUAUCAAACCCUCAUCCCCACCUCCCUACCGUCACCUCAAACCCUCUCAUGGCCCACCCACCAAGAAUCCGAACCCGAAUCCGAGUCCGAAUCCGAAUCCACCCUCUCACUAAACUUGCACCACGUGGACAAUCUCUCUCCCGCCUCCAACUCAUCCCCACAGUCGCUCUUCGCACUCCGUCUCCGUCGUGACGCCGUCAGAGCCAAAUCUCUCUCCGUCAUCGCCGCCGCCACCCGCGCCAACGCCUCCGCCGCCUUCAGCAGCUCCGUCAUCUCCGGACUCGCGCAGGGGAGCGGCGAAUACUUCACGCGCAUCGGCAUCGGCACUCCGCCUAGAUACGGCUACAUGGUGCUCGACACCGGAAGCGACGUCGUAUGGGUCCAGUGCUCGCCGUGCCGGAAAUGCUACGCCCAAACCGACCCGAUCUUCGAUCCGAAGAAAUCGUCGUCGUUUUCAGGAGUCUCGUGCGCCUCCCCGCUCUGCCGCCGCCUCGAUUCGCCCGGCUGCAACGGCCGCCGGAAAUGCCUCUACCAGGUCGCCUACGGCGACGGCUCGUUCACCGUCGGAGAAUUCUCGACCGAGACGCUGACGUUUCGUCGCGCGAAGGUGAGCAGCAUCGCCUUCGGCUGCGGGCACGAUAACGAGGGUUUGUUCGUCGGCGCCGCCGGCCUGCUCGGCCUCGGCCGCGGGAAACUGUCGUUUCCGACGCAAGCCGGCGGGAGAUUCGGCCGGAAGUUCUCGUACUGCUUGGUGGACCGGUCGGCCUCCUCCAACCCGUCGUCGAUGGUGUUCGGCGGCUCCGCCGCCGCCUCGAGAUCCGCCGCCUACACGCCGCUGCUGAGGAAUCCGAAGCUCGACACGUUCUACUACGUCGGAUUGAGCGGGAUCUCGGUCGGCGGGGCGCGCGUCGCCGGGAUCACGGCGUCGCUCUUCAAGCUCGACGCGAUCGGCAACGGCGGCGUGAUCCUGGAUUCGGGCACGUCCGUGACCCGGCUGACCCGACCCGCGUACGCGGCGCUGAGGGACGCGUUCGUGGCCGGGGCCCCGAACCUGAAGCGCGCGUCGGAGUUCUCGCUCUUCGACACGUGCUUCGAUCUCUCCGGCAAGACGGAGGUGAAGGUGCCGACGGUGGUGCUGCACUUCGAGGGCGCCGACGUGUCGCUGCCGGCGUCGAAUUACUUGAUCCCGGUGGAUGGCGACGGGAAAUUCUGCUUCGCUUUCGCGGGCACCGCCAGCGGGUUGUCGAUAAUCGGGAACAUCCAGCAGCAGAGUUUCCGGGUCGUGUUCGACUUGGCGGGCAAUCGGGUCGGGUUCGCCCCGCGAGGAUGCGUUUAGUGGAAAAGCGAUUAAUGAUUUCUUUUUAUUGUAUGUGUGAUUAAUCGCCUUAAACCUUCCAAAUUGGGGAAGAUUAACACAAACUAAAGCCAUAAACAAAGAAAUCGCCUUGUUUUUUUUUUUUUUAACUAUACUGCAAUCGAAUUCUCAUGCAAGCAGAUAGUAGUAAUUUUACGCGAUUAAUUAAGAAUGUAUUGAAAUCA